CAUUGGUACGGUAUAAUAGUAGCCGACUGUUUCUACCGCUGAUUAGGAUUCGCCUUAAAUCGAUAUAAGCAAGAGCGUUGCAGUCGCUCUGUUGUCUUCUAGUGGCGCGCACAUUUAAAACUCAUAAGCUGUAACUUCCACUGAAAGAACCGAUUUCCUUCUUCAGUUAUUCGUUUAUUACGAGUCGUCGAACUGCUCCAGCAUUUGACUUUGGCGUUGGCGUUUUAGAAAUAUGACUUCUUCUGAGAAAACAUUGAAGUCUCUUUUCAAUAAGAGAUCAAAAACUACAUUUGAGCUAACAAAGGAACAGAAGGCAGAUAUGCUGGAAGCAUUCCACUUGUUUGACACUAAGGGCACAGGAAAGAUUGCAACAAAAGAGCUUAAGAUUGUUCUUAGGGCACUGGGUUUUGAACCACAGAAGGAAGAACUUAGGAAGAUGAUUGCUGAUGUUGACAAGGAGGGAACAGGUUACUUGUCAUUCAAUGAUUUCCUGUUGUUUGUUACAAUUAAGAUGUCUGAGACUGAUCCAAAAGAUGAAAUUUUACGAGCUUUCCAUCUGUUUAAUGAUGAUGAAACUGGAAAAGUUUCUUUAAAUAAUCUGAAAAGGGUUGCUAAUGAACUUAAGGAAGAUGUUACAGAACAAGAACUUCAGGAAAUGAUUGAUGAAGCAGACUUAGAUGGAGAUGGAGAAGUAAACCAGGAAGAGUUCCUACGAAUUAUGAAGAGGACGAGUUUAGAAUGAGAAAAAAUGCACUGACUAGCAGUGCUAUUUCAUAAAAAGUGUUUAUUUGUUUAAAUGUAAUGUUUUUGAGCUGUGUAAUGGGUAAUUAAGUUCUUUCAUGAAGUUAUUAGUAUCUUAAUUUUUCCUGUAAUAGUUGAAGCUCAUUGUUGAAUAAUGUUAAAUGCUUUAACUGUUACUACUAAUGGUUUUGGGCAGAAUUAUGCUAUUAUCAGAAAGACAUAGAAAAAAACCUUUAGUAAUAGACACAGAAGACUGACAGGUGAAACUUUCAAAACCAUGAAUCUGCUUUUCAGGCAAGAGAAGGUCUUGCUUAUCCCAAAUCUUUGUGGUCUUUUGCUGGAUAAGUGAACCAUUGACUUAAACGCACACUACCUAUGCCAAGUUUUGAGUUUGGCGUGUGUGCGUCAGUCAUCAGCCACAGCCAAAAUAAAAUUCUUUUGAAGCAAUCCUAGACUGUGAUGUCCACCUGUAAAAACGCCUUAAUUUAUAUA